GAAAUCAAAAUACUAACUCUAGAGUCUAAUUUGCCUUUCACAAACAACUAGCUCCACAUUUCUAGUAUCUUUAGCUACUUUUUCUCCAUAAACUACUAUUCCAAUAUAUUCUGGCUCUGUUGCUACGUACUGUACUUUGACAGGUGUCACUGUCACAGAUGUUUACGUUUGCUCCAUGUUUUUUUUCUCCAUGUAUUUUCCAAAAAUUCCCUAAUAGACUGAUGUGGCCUAAACUCAAAGAAAAACCGAUAGUAGUUCUUCAAUAAACUUAGCUGAAUUAAGUGCGUUAUGUCUUGAUUGUAAUUUGAAACCAUUCCGGGCAAUAGUGAAAUAAUGGCUUAUCAGACUUUGAGAAAUGAAUAUCUUAAUACACCGCCUAUCACUAGGGCUUAUACUACCGCUUGUGUGUUAACUACUUUGGCCGUGCAAUUGGAGUUAGCAUCACCAUUUCAGUUAUAUUUUAACCCAAUACUAAUAUGCAAAGGCCAAGUAUGGAGGCUAGUGACCACAUUCCUUUUUUUCGGAUCGUUUGGGUUCAAUUUCCUUUUUACAAUGAUAUUUACAUACAGGUAUUGUAGGAUGCUCGAGGAGGGCUCCUUCCGGAACAGAUCAUCGGAGUUUUUAAUGAUGUUCUUGUUCGGAGCUUUAUCCAUGAUUCUAAUUGCCUUCUUUGUAAAUUUACUUUUCUUAGGACAAGCCUUUACAAUAAUGUUGGUUUAUGUGUGGUCCAGGAGGAAUUUAUUUGUUAGGAUGAACUUUUUCGGAUUACUAAACUUCCAGGCCCCAUAUUUGCCAUGGGUCCUAGUGGCAUUUUCUGUAUUACUGGGAAAUGCCGUUUAUGUAGACUUAAUGGGAAUCGCUGUGGGUCACAUUUAUUACUUCUUGGAGGAUGUAUUUCCGAACCAAAGGGGCGGAUUUAAAAUCAUCAAAACUCCUGCCUUUCUGAAAAGAUUGUUCGAUGAAAUACCUGAUGACCCAAACUAUGAAAGAUUACCCGAGGAUAACCCGGGCGGCUUCGACUGGGGGGCCAGAAACGGGGACAAUUUACCAAACGAGCCCCAAAACCCAGAAAACAAUCAGUGAUAGAUAGUGUUUUUAAUAUAUUUUAUUAUUUCCUAAAUAUGUUUGUUUAUAUAAUUAUUAAUAAAUUGUUUUAAAAGCCUAUAA